AUGAUCAGCCUCAAGGAUGGAACUUCCACUUCUGAAAAGACGUUUCUACUCGGUGUUCUCAAGGAGCACAGAAGAAUAGAUGGCAGAAGCUUCAAUGAUGCACGCAAUGUUGACAUCUCAUUCGGGAAGGACUUCGGGUGCUGCGUUGCAUCUCUGGGGAAUACGAGAGUGAUGUGUCAGGUGACGUGUCAAGUGAAAGCUCCUAAAGCCACUCGUCCUAAUGAGGGAUUUCUGUUCAUUAACGUUGACUUCCCAUUGAUGAGUUCCAUUUUGCUCUUGGACAAUGACCAGUUGUUACAGACCAGGACUGAGUUAGUGCGCUUGCUAGAGCGAUGUUAUAAGGAAGCACGUGUUGUUGACAUGGAAUCACUUUGUAUUGUGGGAGAGGAGAAGGUGUGGGAGCUGCGGGUGGACAUCAGUAUCAUGUGUGAUGAUGGUGGGAUGAUUGAUUGUGCUAGCAUUGCAGCGCUUUCAGCCUUGUGUCAUUUUCGUAGACCAGAUGUAACUCUUGAAGGAGAAGAGGUCACCAUCCAUUCAAUCAAGAGUCGAGAUCCCAUCAAGCUGUCCAUCCAUCAUAUGCCCAUCCUGGUGUCAUUCAGUUUCUAUGAAAAUGGGAAAUUUGUACUGAUGGAUCCUGAUCAAAGAGAGCAAAAGGGAAGUGAGGGACUCAUGGUGGUAGGAGCAAAUCCCUUCAGAGAACUUUGUACAUUGCAUCGCACAGGGUCUGUUCCCCUCAUCAAGGAUCAAGUUCGGCGAUGUGCUGAAAUGGUUGCAUUGAGAGCCAGAAGUUUAGUGGGAUAUAUCAAGAAAGAGUUGGAGAAGGAUGGGGCAUUAAGGUCCAAAAGGGAGCAUGCUGGCUUUGCAGCUCAUCUGCCUCGAAGUCUUAUGGUCAAACCCCCUGUAGAAGUGAUUGAUGUUGAGAGAGAGACUCGAGACAUUCCUAUGAGAGAUAUUGUUCAAAGAGUAUCAGCGAAAAGGACUGGAAAUGAGGUGGAGAACAUGUCAAUCGAAGUAGGGAAGUGGGAUGUACCAAAGGGCACAAAAGAUGAAUCUGACUUCGAUGAGUCAUCAGCAUCAUCUGAUGUAGAGAUGGUCCAGCAAGUGACAGCUGAGGAAAAGAAGACAGUUGAGGAGAUUUCCAUCAUGUCUGAUAGUGAGGAGGAUGAGGUGGUUGCACUGGGUGCUGCUGAUCUAGGCUUUCAGAGACAGAAGCCAAAACCAAAGGAGAAAAUAGGAAAGCCAGCUGACAGUCAGGCUUUGCAAGAGCUAAGCAAGGAUAAGCCAAGUCUUAAGCAGGUGGAUGGCCAUGCAGCCACUUUUCUCAAGACUCUAGGCAAUGUCGACAAAGAACUUGGGAAACAGAUCAAUUACCUCACCCAAGUUUCCACAGGUCAACCACAUGAAGGCUCAAGUUAUGCAGCUCAGAAAGUUUUACAGAUGGCACUGCACCGAUUGGAACAUGCAAGGAGUCGAGUGAAUGAGUCUGAACGCAUUCGUGCUAGUCACAUGCAGCAGCUUAUUAAUGCAGGCUUUAUUUCUCGCCCUCAAUCACAACAAAUGCAGCAGGCAACUCAGCCUGGGACUCCAGCUGUGCAGCCUCAAACCCCACAGCAACAACCACAGAUGUGAUUUCACUGGGAAGAUUUCUUUUUAUAUUGAAACACAAUUUGUUCAAAAUGUAUAGAGUAUAAUAUUUUGCGUCAAACAUUCAAUAUGAGAAACAGGACACAAUUCCUCCAAAAGACAAAAAAAAAUAAAAUAGGAAAGGACCAUUUAAGUUGAAAUAUCACAUCUUGUAGAUAUCAGUUUAUCCCAAUGC